AGGUCUGGGUCGGCCCCAGCCGUUUAACCUGCGGGACGGCCGCAGCCCCCGUCACUCUGGAAUUCUGCUUCUCGGGGGAGCCGGCCCGCCCGAAGAGUGCUCCUCGCCCGGCAGGUGCCUCCCCCCGUCCCGUCCCGUCCGCACCCGCCGCGGCCAUGGCCGUGCAGGUGCCCCUGUGGCACCACUACCUGCAGGCCAUCCGCUCGCGGGGGGCACGGCGGGCGCAGGACUUCCAGCGCGCGGAGAACGUGCUGCUCACGGUGCUGGAGCACGUGCACCGCCAGGACCCCCGCUUCCUCGUGGACUACUCCCGUGACCUGGAGGCCUUCCAGUUCGCCCUGCGCACAUCGGAGGAGCCCCUGCACGUGGAGGUGCCCCUGCGGGCGGACGCGGACGCCCUGCUGAUUGAGGAGGUGGGGGCCGCGGAGGCGGGCGACGGCCCUGCGCCCUGCCGCCUGGGUGUCUCCAGGGAAGGGGCCCGCCCGGAACGGCGGAUGGCCGAUGACGUCCUCAGCGUCUCCUCCGAGGGUGGCGCCGGGUGCCGCGGCCACAUCGCGCCCAGCAAGGUCCUGCGCGUCCUCAAGGACCUUCUGGUGGCGGCCGUGGUGCACUGCAGACACCAGGGCCUCGUCACGCCAGGUUCUCUGAACGCGGACAGCCUGGAGGAGAAGGAGUCCCACCUGUCCCUGCUCGUGUCUAGCGGCUGGCGAACAAUCCGGUUCAACAUCGUGCCCAUGGUGUGGAGAAAGCUCGGGGUGCCGGCCCUGGAGAGGGCUCAGUGGAUGCACGGGUUCCCUGAAGGCAGCUUGAAAAGGAUCAUCAGCCAAGAAGCGGCCCUGGUGCCAGCCAGUGCCCAGCACUGGAGGGUCUCCACUGACUACCUGCUCACCAGGCUGCUCGGUGCGCUGGGCUCCCUCCCAGGCCACCGUCUGGACGGCCUCUCCAUCCUGGACCGGGUCAACCACGAGAGCUGGCGCGACGGCGGCCAGAGCCCCGGCCUGACCUUCAGUCACCUGAAGACGGUGCUGCUGUGGGCGUCCACGCUCUUCCCGGCGCCGGAGGACUGGGCGGAGCUGCAGGGCGCCGUGUACCGGCUGCUGGUGGUGCUGCUCUGCUGCCUGGCCACCGGGAACCUGCCACACUUCGUCUACCCCAAGCGGAACCUGCUGAGCGACGCCGGCCUGGACCUCAACGCCCUGUACCAGCGCGUGGAGCGCUUCGCCAGCCAACCCGAGGCGUCCCUGCGCAUCCACGUGACCCACCUGGGCCGCGGCCGCCCUCCGCGCAUCGGCAACGGGGUCAAGGCCCUCCUGCAGCUGCCUGCCAGCGACCCUGCCUACUGGGCCACCGCCUACUUUGAUGUCCUGCUGGACAAGUUCCAGGUCUUCAACAUCCAGGAUGAGGACCGGAUCUCGGCCAUGCAGAGCAUCUUCCAGAAGACCAAGACCCUGGACGGCGAGGAGUGCUGAGGGGCCUUGCCUUUGCUCGGUCUUCACCACCCACAGCCGGGCUGCAUGGCCCUGCGGAGGACCCGGGACAUUCAGAGAAGGGAAUGGGCUUCACCUCGAGGCAGGUGACGGGCGGUAGAGAUGUCCACCUCAGACUUCCCGGGGGAUGGCCUCCCGGGACGCUGGGAGCGCCGGGCAGCAGGUCCCCCGGAGCAGCUGCCUGGUCUCCCCAGGGCCUGGGACGAAGGCGCCUUGUAUUUCACAAGACGCGUGUGGGUCUGUGUGAUGACAUCAGACUCUCAGAGCCAAGCAUCUGCCCGAGACCUGGAGCUCGAGGGCUUGUCCCGACCUGAGUCCCAUGCUCCUCCGUGGUGAUGUAAUACUAUAUAUCUGAUCUUGAAUAAAUUAAUGCGCCAGGUAGGCUCGGUGGGGACGGCAGCUGCCGCUUUCUGUGUAUCUAUGUGGAGAAUAUUCCCCUGGAGACACGGAAGGAACCUGAAGCCAGCAGAGGGGAUGCCUGUGGCUCCCUCUGCCAACAGGGGCUGGUCCCGCCGAGGUGGGGCAUCUUCCGUCUUACGCAAGGUGGCAUCUCCUGGCAUCUGACGCCACCCCCCCUUCUGUUCUCAGGGCUCCGUGUCCCCACCCAGCGCCCUCUCAUCGGCCCAUGAAGGCCACCUGCAGCCCCUUCCCCACUGAGCUCUCACGUGACCUUCGUGUGCCCUCGCCUAGCAGACAGUGUCCACUCUCCACUUUCUUUGCCUCUCAGUGCUAUUUAUGCCCCGGCGUCUGAGCCACAGCCCACACCCUGGCUCCUGUAGAGGGACCUGCAACCCCACGGCGAUGCGUGUAGCGACACCUUCCCCAAACCUCCUGCAAAGCAGCCCCCGGCCGAGUGCCAGAAUCACCACACACAGAGGAGAGGAAGUGCCAGGGCCUUUGAAGGCUGUGUGAUUCGGGACCUGAGCUGACACUAAUACAGGGGGACACAAAAUGCCAUGAGAGUAGAGGCUGUCAGAGCACAGGACCUUGACGUUGCAGAGAGGGAGGGAGGCAAACCAUAAGAGACUCUUAAAUCCUGAGAACAAACUGAGGGAGGAUGGGGGGUCGGGGAGAAGGGAGAGUGGGUGAUGGGCACUGAGGAGGGCACUUGCUGGGAUGAGCACUGGGUAUUGUAUGGAAACCGAUUCGACGAUAACUUAUUUGAAAAAAAAACAAAGAAAAGAACAUAGGACCUUGGUCCAAUCCGAUUCACAGUGGGGACAAAGUGUCCAGGCCCACCCUGCGGUCAUUUCCUCAGUGUCUUAGUGUGUCUCAGGACGCUGUACUUGGAAGAACUAAGGGCCUCAAUAGUGGGGAAGGCCAAAGGGAAAAGUUCAAAAACACAUCUAUUCUCAUGGCCAAAACAGUCUAGCAAAACACACUGUCUCCCAGGGGCAAUAGCAGAAUGUAGCAUUACCCCGAAAGACCCAAUUCACCAGUAUAACCUUAGCAAAAAUCGGAUGAAUCAAAAACGCGACACUUAGGUAUCAAUCCAACAAAAUAUGCAAAAUAUCUGUAUGAGGAAAAUGACAAAACUCUGAUGAACAAAAUCAAAGAAGAGGUAAAUAAAUGGAUGUUCCAUGUUCAUGGAUAGGAAGACUCAAGGUCGUCAAGAUGUCUGUUCUCCUCAACUCGAUCUGUGAGUGCAAAUUAAAACAACUGGGAGGAAACUCCACGUGCCGACGUUGGAACGUUGACAGCAUCGAACGCUGGCGAGGACAUGGAACGUCAGGAGCCGGGAGGGAUGCAGGUUGAUGGUUCUUAGAAAACUAAACACUCUUUUACCGCCCGAUCCAGCAAUUGCACUCCUUGGUAUUUACCCAAAGGAGCUGAAAACGCAUGUUUGCCCAAAAACCUGUAUACGAAUUUUUACAGUGACUUCAUUCGUAAUUGCCAACACUUGGAAGCCACUCAGGUGUCCUUCAGUAGGUGAUGGAUAAACCGUGGUCCGUCCAGACAAGGGGAGAUUACUCAGUGCUGAAAAGAACUGAGCCAUCAACCCAUGAAAAGUCAGGGGGGGACCUUAAAUUAUUGCUUACUACUUAACGAAAGCUUAUUACUAAAUGUAAGAAGCUAAUUUGAGAAGGCUACAUUCUGUAUGAUUCCAACUCUGACGUUCUGAAAAAGGUAAAAUUAUAGACAGUGGAAAGAUCAGUGGUUGCCAGGGGGGAGGGGUGACCAGGUGAGGCACAGAGGACUCUUAGGGCAGGGCAAAUACUCCGCGUGGUACUAAACUGCUGGGUACAUAUCAUGACGCGUCUGUCCAAACCCACAGAGUGCACAACACCAGGAGUGAGCCCUGAUGAGAGUAAGGGGCUUUGGGUGAUGUUGACGUGUCCGCCUGGGUUCGUCACCUGUAACACAUGGUCCCUCUGGUGGGGGCUGUUGGGGACGAGGAGGCUGUGCUUGUGUGGGGGCAGGGGGUUAUGGGAAAUCUGUACUUUCCUCUCCAUUUGGCUGUGUGUCUACAAACUGCCCCUCAAAAUAAAGUCUAAAUAAU